AGCCGAACUAUGCUGGGUGAGGACGGCUGUUCGGCAAGGUGACUCAUGCGAUUGGCGAGUGAGUGUGACCGUCCGAGCAGCCGUGAGUGAGCUCACGGUGGUGCCCUGUGUGAGUGUGUGACAGCAAGAGGUGCGGUGGGCCACCACACCACAAUACAUCAUGAAUAUCCGUUGUGCAAAGCCAGAGGACUUGAUGCACAUGCAGCACUGCAACUUGCUGUGCCUCCCUGAAAACUAUCAAAUGAAAUACUACCUUUACCAUGGCUUAUCAUGGCCACAACUUUCAUACGUAGCUGAAGAUGAUACAGGACAGGUGGUGGGAUAUGUCCUUGCAAAGAUGGAGGAGGAAAGUGAGGAAGAUCCACAUGGACACAUAACAUCACUGGCAGUACGCAGAAGUCAUAGACGAUUAGGGCUUGCUCAGAAACUCAUGGACCAGACUGCAAGAGCAAUGGUUGAGUGCUUCAAUGCCAAAUAUGUUUCUCUUCAUGUCAGAAAGUCCAACCGAGCUGCUCUGAAUCUCUACACUAAUACUCUAAAAUUUACCAUUUCUGAAAUUGAACCGAAGUACUAUGCUGAUGGAGAGGAUGCCUUUGCCAUGAAGAGGGAUCUUUGUUCAUUUGCCUUGCAGAAUGAUGUCAGUCCAGCAGAUUCAGGUACCUUCUUUGAUAAUAAGAAAAAUGAAGAGAAAGAUAAAUGAAGACAUGUAUUACUUCAUGCCUUUCUUUUUUUCCCCCCAAACCUCAAAUACAUGUCAGAUAUAUUUUAGAUUAAAUUUGUUUCCUCUAUCUAUAUCACACUGUAUUUUGUAUUUUCAUGAAUCCUUUGUUGACUGAUUAAAGAUUGAGAACUGAUUCUGAAA